AUGUACACACAAUGCACCAAAGCUGACAUCACGUCUCUCCCCUGCCAGCCUCGCCUCUGUGGAACUUCGUCGUCGCUUCUUUCCCUUCGUCAUCGCAACCUCUGCCCCACCUGGACGACCACCACCUACUCUCUACGGCCGAACGUCCCAGCGCCUACCUCCAUCCCCCAUAGUCAACGCUCGAGCAUGAGUUCUUCCACUCCCCAAGCCCAAAUCAAGAUUGACAACCACGAGACCUACCUCUCGCAAGGCAUUCCCUCCGCCUCUUCCCUGUCCCCGGACCCGAUCGCCCAAUUCCGCGAAUGGUUCUCCUCCGCCCUAGCCGACAAGGACGUGAUCGAACCCGAAGCCAUGGCCGUAUCGACCGUUUCGGCCGAAGGGAUCCCUUCGACUCGCGUCGUGUUGCUCAAACAGGUCGAUGAUAAGGGUUGGAUCUUUUAUACCAAUUACGAGUCAAGAAAGGGAAGAGAACUCUUUCCCCACACCGAAACCGAAACGGAGACCGGAACCGAGACGCGAGGAAGCUAUGCGAGCCUCGCGUUCUAUUGGAGGGCCCUCCAUCUGAGCGUCAGGGUCGUUGGACGAGCCGAAAAGGUGACGCCGCAAGAGACCAAAGCCUACUUUGAUUCGAGACCGGUCGGAUCCAGGAUCGGCGCAUGGGCUUCCAAGCAGUCGAGCGAGUUGUCGGGUAGGGAAGAGUUGGAGGAACAGGUCAAGGCGAUGGAGUGGCAGUUUGGUGUUCCCGAGGGUACAUCGACAGGGACUGCAUCUGCGGUCGACGCUGGACCCCAAGGGCAAAACUCGUUGAAGGAAGCAGAGAAUGUCGAGGUUCCCGUGCCGCCGUUCUGGGGUGGGGUGCGCAUCGUGCCUUUCGAGGUCGAGUUUUGGGCAGGUCGACCCAGCAGGCUGCACGAUCGAUUCAGGUACACGAGGGACGAAGGCUCAGACGGCGCAUGGCAGAUUGUCAGACUGUCCCCGUGA